UUGAGCAUCACUGUGGGAGGCUGUGAGACAGGGGGUGGUGGUCUUCAGCUUUUUUACCUUCAAAACACUUUCUGUCUCUUUCAGAGUAACAUCGCAAAGGCUGAUUACACAGGACAAAGGACAACUAAUUCCAGUGCACAACAGACCAAUACGAUGGCACACAUCCUUUUCUCAGUGCCCUUUUACCAAGAUGUUUGGGAUGAUAUUCAACAAGAGCGUCAGCCUGGUAAGAUCAGACUGUCCAUCUUCCUCAUCGCUGGAGUGUGUGGGAGUCUGCCAGCUCUAACCUGGGCUCUCCACGUCUUCUAUCGCAAUUAUAACAGAGCAGGCCGAAUCUCAGCCUUCAUCAUCAUGCUCCUUCUCUGUGACCUGCUGGUGCUGUUUCUGACUCCAUAUGUAGUGACAAAUUUGCUGCAGGCUGAAAAUUGUUGGGAUAAUAUGACCUGUCGGAUGCUGUCCUCUUUAUGGGCCGGCUCUGAAACCUAUGGCCUUCACCUCCAACAAGUUGUGGGGCUGGAGGGUGCUCUCUCUCUGAGAAAUCCAGUCGCCUGGAAUUUUACUUUCUUUCAUUCCUGCUCCAUCAUAUUCUCCAUUGUUGCACUACUUUGCUUCUCCCUCUGCGAGUUCUUCAGUGUGGACCACCUCAUACUCUUGGGUCUGCCGCUUCUUUUCACCAUAACGUUGACGUCAUGUAUAGUCACCUGUAGAGCUCCACCCCACAUCAGUGAUGCCCCUUGCACAACAUGGAAGUCAAGUUCUGCAGUGUUGGCUUUAGUCACGGUCACCAUGGUCCUGUAUGUGGUCUUUGCCAACAUGUGUUUACUGCUGAGAAAUUACUCAGGACACUACCUGGAUCUAAAGUACUGGAAUCUGUGGGUGACGUGUUUAUCUCUGAUGAGUUUGAGAGUGGUCUUUGAUCCCCUGCUGUGUGUGCUUGUCCACAGAAGGAAUCUCAGGGUCCAGACACAGCAAAACACACACAGAGCUCAUGAUUGAGAUUCGUCCACAGCUGAAUCUUUGAAAUCAGCUAGAUUUUGACUUGUGCAGCUUGGUAUAUAAAUUUCUUUCCUGUUUAGACAACAUGCUGCAUAUUUAAGCGGUCAGGGAGCAUUUCUCAGUUUCAUUGUCUCACAUAAUUAGCACUGCAGGAAAUGACCAGUUCCAUGGGACAUCAAGUAUAGAAUCUAAUUAUAAAGAGGCCGUUCAUGAUGCCUGAAACAAUAUAGAGCUACAUUUACACUGUCAUUUCUACAAUAAUGUAUGUUCAAGCUAGAAUGAUGCUGUUUUACACUUUUAUUCAUCAUCAUAUGUUCUUUUUUGGGAGAAUUGCAGAACUGUAAUAAUACUUCAAAUGAUCAGCUUUGUCCUUACAACUGUGCAAAGUCUAUUUUUUUAGUUUCCCAUUAGUUCAAUUUUUAAAGAGCUGCUGGGCUGCAUUAACAUCAGUGAGUGUCACAAGUGUAUACUUAACCAGUGAUAGUUACCUAACAUUAGCUUUGCUAGCUUGCAGCUAUCUAGUAGUACACUAGCUUAUUUUAGCACAACCUGCUUGCAGCUAUCUAAUAAUACAUUAGCUCACCAAGCACAACCUGUACCACCAUAAAAUGAAGCAUGGAUUAUUCAAAUGAGGUCAAUUUUAUUUUAGCUACUUAUCUAUUUAGUUACUUUUUCUUUGUUCACACCUGAUUACCACUGGUGCAACAAUGCUAAUGCUAGCGAUGGCAUUUCUUCUUUAUGGGAUUUGCAUCGUCAAGCUAACGGUGGUGUACAUUCACUUUCCACCUUGAGUUUAAUACUAACAGCUGUAGCUUAAUCACUGACAUUUGGAGCUUGAAAGACAUGAAUGUAACAUAUUUAACAGCAGUUUUAAAUGAAGCCUUCAGUAAAUAUUUCAGCUUAAAGCCAAA